UCAAAAGUAAGUUCAAUGGGCGGGCAGAAUCUUCGUGGCACUAUUGGGGGCGGAACUAUUUGAUUCGACAGGAAAACUUCAGGAAAGAUGGCUGCAAUCAGAAAGAAACUAGUGAUAGUUGGUGAUGGAGCCUGUGGUAAGACCUGUUUGCUCAUCGUAUUCAGCAAGGACCAGUUCCCUGAGGUCUACGUUCCCACAGUUUUUGAAAACUAUGUGGCAGAUAUUGAAGUGGAUGGCAAACAGGUUGAGCUGGCUCUUUGGGACACAGCAGGUCAGGAGGACUAUGAUCGGCUGCGUCCUCUGUCUUAUCCAGACACAGACGUCAUCCUGAUGUGUUUCUCUAUUGACAGCCCUGACAGUUUAGAGAAUAUUCCAGAGAAGUGGACUCCUGAGGUCAAACACUUCUGUCCCAAUGUGCCCAUUAUUCUUGUGGGAAAUAAGAAAGACCUGCGAAAUGAUGACCACACCCGUCGAGAGUUGGCAAAAAUGAAACAGGAACCAGUGAAGUCAGAGGAGGGCAGGGAGAUGGCCAACCGGAUCAAUGCCUUUGGUUAUCUUGAGUGCUCAGCUAAGACCAAGGAUGGCGUCAGAGAAGUGUUUGAGAUGGCUACCAGGGCGGCACUGCAGGCCAAAAAACGAGGCAAGAAAAGUGGCUGCCUUGUGCUAUAGAGUGUCACAUAACGUGGGGGAGGGAGAGGGUCGAGGACCAAGGCCAAGGAAAUAGUGGAACUGGCAUUACAGGAACAGGGAGUUUCAAGAUCAAUCAGGCCAAAGGGAUAAAAUACAAAAUGUAAGGAUCUAGGUUAAGGCCUUUAGGUUCCAAAUAACAAUAUUGUCUCGUGGUGUUCAGGACUUAUGGGGGAGUCACAUCACAGAGAAUAAAGUUGUAAUAUUUUGACUCUCAAAAUACUACUUUACUCUCUAAACAUUUUGACUUUUUUUUCUUGAAAUAUUUGACCAUAUUCUUGUUAAUACCACAGUUUUAUUCUCGAAGUGACAGUUUUCUCCUCUGGACAACAGACUAAUAUAAGAGUAUUUUUCUCAUGUAUUUGGGUCUGCUGUUGGAGAAUGUCAUUGAGAAUGAUCAAACCUAGUAGUGGGAAAAAAUGUAAGUUUGAUGUGCAGCUGUGAUUGGUUGAGAACAGCUCCAGAGGACAUUCCUGCCUUAACUACCUGCUGCAGGACUUCAUGGCUUCACAUUCCAUUCAGAAGCCCAUACAGUAGGUGUAUGUGGGUGAACUGUUCCCACACUAUCAUUGAUUUAAACAGCAGAAAGUCUAAGCACAUGCUGUGUAAAGAAACCAACUUAUUUGAUUGUUUUAUGUAAGCUUUUCAGUGCAUGCAUUGAUUUAGCUGGGCUUCCAAGUCAGAAUACUGUACGACUGAGUAGAUGUGGACUUACAGACCCACCAUAUGUAGCUGGUUAUGAAAAGGUUGAGCAAAAUGGCAUAUAUUGUACAUUCCAUUUUAGUCAUAAACGAGUAUUCACUUUGGAUUGACCCUGUUUGAUCUCAUAUUUUAGUCAAAACCCUGACCGGCUCCCACUUCUAUAAGCAGUUAAUGGAAACUUGCCAGUAUUAUGUUGGAUUCUUCAUUCUAUCAGUUGAACAGUCAUGACUUAACUCCUGUUCUUACUUUGUGUCAAACAGGGUCAUUGUGCAAACUCACUUAAUUUUUCCAAUCUUUAAGCUAUGUACAUUCACUUAAACUCAAUACAUACAUACAUAAAGUCUUUGUUAUUGGUCUGUUUGUAAUUUCAGACUGGGACAUUUGUUUAAAUUUAGCUUUUAGUUUCUGAAUGAACAGUAAAGCUGUAUGGCAGGGUGUUGGUAAAAUAUCUUGUCCACAUCUAUUCUUUAUCUACUUUGUACUCUGUUAUUUGAACUUUAUGUGAUAUUCUACUGGCUUAUGUUGUAUUAUUUGCACACAUUUAGAAACUUCAUCAAAGGCUCGGUGUGAUGUACUCUUUGAAAUACUGAUGUCAAAUUAUAAAAUACAAAAUGCAAGCGACUCCUAAACAAUUGUUUUUUUGUAAGAGGAAUAUCCUUUUGUAUACAAACGUAUCCUUACAUGCUCUCCAGUUGUCUUUUGAAAUGCAUUCUAAGAGAAAUAAAUUGUAACAAAAU